AUGAGAUUCACAGGGAUACUGAUCAGUGUGGUGGUGGUGGUGGUGGUGGGGGGGGGGCAGAAAAUCAUCAAAUGGGCACCAGACUUGUACCAGGUGGAGGAGUGCCUCAACGUCACGCAGUUGCCCGGUGUCAUCGUCAGCCCACGCUAUCCCGAAACCUACCCUCGCAACCUGCUGUUGUCAUGGAAACUGGAGUCCCCACCGGGCAGCCGCAUCCGCCUGGAGUUUGACAACAAGUUCCGUUUGGAGGCACCGGUGAGAGGAGUUUGCAGGUAA